GGAAGAUUUUCGAUUAUGGAGAUGCCGUUAGAUCCUGGUCGGAGGUAUUUAGCUGAAUUCGGUAAGCGACGGUUCUUUUCAUUCAACCAUUCAUCCUAUUAGUUGCCCGCCCUAUAAAAUUCUCUCUCUAUCAAACCAACCACUCCUUCACCAACUCUCCUUAAGUCUCCUUUGUCUUCUUGUCUGGUCCUUUCGUACCCUCGUACCCCUCUAGAAACAAAGUAGAACAUAAUGAAGUUCGCGUCUGUCCUUGCUCUGGCCGUAGCUGCUACUGUAGUAAGCGCUGAAACCAACGGCGAAAGAAUGGCGCGUGGUCUCCCUCCCAUGGCCCCCGCUCGUCGGGCUUCCCCUGUUGAACGCGCCAAACGCACCUCUCCGUCGAGCACUGGCCAAUGUAACACUGGUUCUGUCCAGUGUUGCGAUUCCGUUGCAGAGUGUGGGAAGAGCGACACACUCGAUGAGCUGUUGUCUCUGUUGAACGUCUUCGUCCCUGUCGGUACCUCUGUCGGUAUGAGCUGCUCCCCCAUUACCGCCGUCGGAACUGGCAGUGGCGCCAGCUGCAACCAAGAACCCGUUUGCUGUGAGAACAACGAAUACAACGGCCUCAUAAACAUUGGUUGCAGUCCCAUCAACGUCUACCUAUAAGGGAACAAUCAUUUCGCUCGGUGUUCGGCUCCAUGCCUGCACACGUUCCACUCUUUUCUGUUCGAAGUCCAUUAAUGAUACCUCCGCGGCUUUGAACUCUCUUCACCUUCACCAGGCAAAUCCGCCUACGUUAUUGUUUUGUUGCGUUGUUGUUGCUCCCUCGUGCAGAUCGCUUAUAUGGCUACGCUGUUUAUGUAAUGGAGUGCUACAUUCGACCUACUUUGACUAGUUUUUACCAACUGGACUGGUCAAUUUCCAGACUACAUAAUUAUUAUCUUUUCUGCCGCUUC